AAAAAAAAAAAAAUGAGUGAGUUUUGUACAUUUUUUCUUUUUCCUUUGGAAAAUGAAAAAGAUUUGGAAUUGAAUAACAAGUUUUCUUUAUAUUGGCCAUAGUUUCUGUUGAUACGCUGAGUAGAACAGAGGAUUGGGUAUUGAGAACAGCUGCUGGAUCCAGGAUAGUCAGGUUAGCCAAGUUGAGCUAGGUAUACGGGGUUAUCAGUUGGUAAAUUAAUAAGUUAAUAAGUUGAUAAAUUAAUAAAUUUAAUAAGUUGAUAAGUAGAUAAGUUGAUAAGUUAAUACAUCAAUAGGAUAAACAAUCGGUAAUAUGACGUCGCUUGAACCCAAUGAAAAUAGCAUAAAGUCAUUGAAUGACAUAUCGCUAGAAGAAAUGGCCCAGAGACAGCAACAACAAAACAUUUAUGUUUCGCCACCAGUGUUGGAGACCCAGAAGGAACAAGAACAGGAGCAGCAGCAGCUGCUGCAGCUGCUGCAUCAGGUGCAACAGAAUGAAAGUUCUAUUUCUUCAAGAUCAUCUUCUAAGCAUUUACAUCGUGAUACUACUACUAAAGGAAAAUAUUCACUUAAUGAUUUUCAAAUCUUAAGAACUUUGGGGACUGGUUCAUUUGGUAGAGUUCAUUUGGCUAGAUCGAUUCAUAACGGACGUUUUUACGCUAUGAAGACUUUAAAGAAAGAACGAGUUGUUAAUAUGAAACAAGUUGAACAUACAAAUGAUGAAAGAAGAAUGUUGAAAUUAGCUCAACAUCCUUUCAUCAUUAGAAUGUGGGGGACAUUCCAAGAUUGUCGUAAUCUUUUCAUGAUUAUGGAUUAUAUAGAAGGAGGUGAAUUAUUUUCAUUAUUAAGAAAAUCUCAAAGAUUUCCAACUCCAGUUGCUAAAUUUUAUGCUGCAGAAGUUUUUUUAGCAAUUGAAUAUUUACAUCGUUUAGAUAUCAUUUAUCGUGAUUUAAAACCAGAAAAUAUCCUUUUGGAUAAAAAUGGUCAUAUUAAACUUACUGAUUUUGGUUUUGCUAAAGAAGUUAGUGAUGUAACUUAUACUUUAUGUGGUACUCCUGAUUAUAUCGCUCCUGAAGUAGUGGCUACUAAGCCUUAUAAUAAAUCAGUUGAUUGGUGGUCUUUCGGUAUCUUGAUUUUUGAAAUGUUAACUGGUUAUACUCCGUUUUAUGAUCCAACUCCAAUGAAAACUUAUGAAAAUAUCUUGAAUGGUACCAUUACUUAUCCUGAUUAUUUACCUCCAGAUAUUUUAGAUUUAUUACAAAAAUUAAUCGUUAAAGAUUUAACUAAACGUUUAGGUAAUUUACAGAAUGGAUCAGAUGAUGUUAAAAAUCAUCCUUGGUUCAAAGAAGUCAUUUGGGAAAGAUUGCUCUCAAGAGAUAUAGAAACUCCUUACGAACCUCCAAUCACCUCAGGGGUUGGUGAUACCUCCCAAUUCGAUCGUUAUCCUGAAGAUAAAGAAUUGGACUAUGGUAUUAGUGGAGUCGGUGAUCCUUAUGGAAAUAAUCAAAUAAAUUACCUCCUGAAGUACAUUUCAUUACUUGAUUAA